AAAAACCGCAGACGAAGAAGAAGAAGAAGAAGAAGAAGAAGAAGAAGGUUUCAGCCAGUUGCAUUGUCGAUAAAAUAAACAUGACGAUGUUGACAAUUACGAUGUUUUCAGUGCAGCUGCACUAACUAAAAGUAAAGCACUGAAUACAACGAGGGACGGUGGAUAGUGGGUUUAACUAAAUCUGGAACAAACUGUUUUGAAUACUUGGAUCAGGACAUACGCCAUUUUCACGAGUUGACAAGUGGACCGUAAACUCUGCAAUGCCUCUGCUGUUUUUGGAGAGGUUUCCUUGGCCCAGCCUGCAGACCUACACAGCACUGAGUGUGGCUUUGCUUGCUGGCAGCAUCUUUAGUGCCUACACCACUGUGACUGAUCCAGGCAUUGGGGUCUUGGAAACUGAUGAAAUACCUGCUCUCUCUGAAGGGGAGCAUCUUGAACAUCUAAACAAUGAUAUUAGUGAGCCAGAAUUGUCAAUCCUGUGGUAUCUUGCCAAUGACAGUCUUUUUGUAUGGGUGUUGGUCAACACAUUCUGCUGCUCUUUGAUGUUAACUGCUAAAAUGAUUCAGUAUGUGGUGUUUGGCCCGCUCAGGGUCAGUGAGAAGCAGCAUCUGAAAGAUAAGUUCUGGAACUUCAUCUUCUACAAGUUCAUUUUCAUCUUUGGCGUAUUGAACGUUCAGACAGUGGACGAGGUGGUCAUGUGGUGUUUGUGGUUCUCUGCCCUGGUUUUUCUCCACCUCAUGGUACAGCUCUGCAAAGACCGAUUUGAAUAUCUGUCUUUCUCGCCCUCCACUCCCAUGAACAGCCAUGUACGAGUGCUUUGUCUGCUGGUCUCCCUGCUGCUGGACUGCUGUGGUCUGGCUGUGGGCUGUGGUCUGUUUGGAGCUUCUCAUGGCAUGCAUACCCUCUCCUUUAUGGCAGCAGAGUGUCUGUUGGUGACUGUACGCACUGGGCAUGUCAUCAUGCGAUAUUCCAUUCAUCUGUGGGAUCUAAACCAUCCAGGGACCUGGGAGAGUAAGGGAACAUAUGUCUAUUACACUGACUUCAUCAUGGAGCUGGCUAUGCUCUUCCUGGACCUCAUGCACCAUAUCCAUAUGCUGCUUUUUGGAAACAUCUGGCUGUCCAUGGCAAGCUUGGUUAUCUUCAUGCAGCUGCGGUAUCUCUUCCAUGAGGUCCAGCGCCGUGUCCGCCGCCACAAGAACUACCUUCGUGUCAUCAACAACAUGGAGGCCAGAUUUGCAGUUGCUACUGCAGAGGAGCUGGCAGCUAAUGAUGAUGAUUGUGCCAUCUGCUGGGAUACUAUGUUGACAGCACGCAAACUACCCUGUGGGCAUCUCUUCCACAACUCUUGUUUGCGCUCAUGGCUGGAGCAGGACACCUCGUGUCCAACAUGUCGGACAUCCCUGAACAUUAAUGGGGACGGGGGCCAAGCGAGAGGACAGCCUCAGGGCGGGGGCUUGGAAGAAAACAUCGGCCCAGCAGGAGCUGCUCCAGAUGCUAGACCACACAUCAACCAACACAAUCACUUCUUCCACUUUGAUGGAUCUCGCAUUGCCAGCUGGCUGCCCAGUUUCUCAGUGGAAGUAAUGCACACCACCAAUAUCUUGGGCAUUGCUCAGGCCAACAACUCCCAACUCAUGGCAAUGGCCCAUCAGGUCCAGGAGAUGUUCCCUCAGGUGCCCUCCUAUCUUGUGAUGCAGGAUCUACAGUUGACUCGCUCUGUGGAGGUCACCACUGACAACAUCCUGGAGGGACGCAUCCAGGUGCCGUUCCCGACGCAGGCCAUAGAGCAUGCCCCGACACAGGUGAGCACUGGGCCAGAUGAGCAGGAAGGGUCCAGUGGAGCCGCUGAACAGGGCCUCAGUGAGUCAGACAGCAUGGAGAUCAGAGGAGGUCGCUUCUCUAAGUCGGCUGAGGAGAGGCAGAAGAUGUUAAAGCAGAGGAAAGAAGAGAUUCUCCAGCAGGCACGCAGGAGAUAUCUGAACAAAAGUCCAGAGGACCAGGAGGAUGAGGAUUUGCCGGGACUGGAGGAGGACAUUGUUCCAGAGUUGAACUUGACUGUGCUUAGACGUAGAACCAUGGCGGCAGCUGCAGAGAGACGCAUGCAAAAUCAACAAGACCCUGCACCCUGAUACAAAGAUUGGCUUCAUCACAUCAUCAUCCCAUGAGGCACAGACAAAGCUAUUUAAUAUCUUCCCAUUUGGUGUACAGUCAGUGGUCAUCACCUAUUCAAAACAAUAAUUAAAAAGCAUUACAAACAUGGCCUUCGGACUGUUUUGGGCUGCCUAAAACGGUGAGACCAUUGUGAACGGCCUCUGCAUCACUGAUUUGGAGUGUUAGGAGCAUUAUAUAAAUUAAUGGGUGAAGCGUCACGAAAUGCAAGGUUGCGUUUCCCUCUAUUUACGUGCCACACAUUGCAGCUACCAGCUUCCGUAGAGAGUCAGUUUCUGCCAUGAUUGGGACUGGCUGUCAAAAAUGAGCAUGCUUUACAUUCAGAUAUGUAUAGUUUGAAAGGAGUUUGAAGGUGUCAUUACUAGGUAAACGCUUUUUGGGUCUUUGUGUGUUUUCCUUUUAUCUGAUUUUAUUUUCACGUUUUGCUAAUGGUGGAAAGCUACGUAUUCUGAAUGGAGAAACUCAACUGAUGUAUUUCUGUGUUACUUUAUGGGUUUCAACUGUGAAUUAAGUGUAGGCAAAAUAACAUGUUUUUAUUUCUUACCUUGGAGUAAGCGAACGUCACUUUAGUAUUGUUCAGCCUAUCUGUCAAAUAUGAAUGUUCCUCUCAAAAUACUGCUGCAAACAAAGUGUUUUUGACCCAUAUGGGUGUUCUGUAUUUAGCGUGUAAUAUCACCCAUAGAAAACAGCUUUGUUAUUUAACACGGGGGGAGUGGGCACGUAAAUCUUAGUUUUUCUAAUACUAUUCCCUUGAGAGGCAUAGGCAACAAAGGGGUUGUGUUACAUUUUGUACAAUGACAGUGGUUGUCAUCCUCUCAGUCUUUCUUAAAUUACCCUCUAAUAAUAAGCAGUGCUCUCUCUGAGUAAGAAAAUAUUUUCUACUGAAUAUAUCAAUGGGAUCCUUGGAAUUUGUGCCCAUAAUUAUUGAAUUUUUAAGGUAUGUAGAAAUUGAUAAGUCUGUGACAGCUGGACUUGCUGGACUGUCUUUUGAAGACAUUUUGUCUCUCUUGCUCUCUUUCAAGAGGCAUUUCCAAGACUUUACAAAUCUAGUUGCCUUUGAAUUAAAGUAGACCUGUUAUACUUUUUCUUUUCAGUCAUCUAUUAUGUCACAAUCUCAGAUGUCAAUAUUAAACAUGGCCAAAGCUUCAAAUAAUGCUGCAAAUGUAUGUAAAAGUAAUCCCUGUGAGCAGAAACUUCAGAUUUCAGACGCUUCUGAACACUCUGCUUCCAACAGCAAACUAUUGGGGAGUUUUCACGGCAGAAAAGUGCUGCCAUACUCUUUUAAAUUCAUUCCUGCCUACAACAGAGGGUGUAGAGGCAGUGGCCCUGAAAUGCUGAUCAAUCACAGUAGAUUGGAUUUUUUUUGGGGAGGUGGUCUUAAAGAGACAGGCGCUCCAACAGAGCGUUUCAGACAGAGGGGGAACAAAGUGCAGCAGCCAUGGGUAGUAUGAGAAAAAUAAGUGUCAUCCGAGAGAGACAAAGAAAUGGGUUUAAUUAGAAAGAUACAAGCAUGAACCUGAAAAUGAGCACAACAGGUCCCCUUUAAUAUUGCUAGAUAUUGUAUGACCUGAAUGACUGACUGAUAAUCUUGUUCUGUUUAGGGUGUUCUGUUAGUGUUGCAUUUGUCUACUCACAUGGAGGAGUGCUAUUUCAAAAAUGAUAUUAGCGUUGAACAUUAUCAUCCUCUAUCUGUUCAAAAAUUACAGAAGUGUUAAACAUGGACUGGGCCCUUUGAACAUUUCAAAGUCUGAAAGUGGUUGAGGUAUAUAAAUGGCUACAAAGAUGGAGACUGUAAUUGUUUCAUUUCCUAUUGCAGUGUAAGGGCAGUAUGGGGUAAGAUUUGCAUGAAUCUAGACAGUUCUUUUUAUUUCCUUCCACUUUAUCCCAAAGAGCAGUCCACAAACUUAUUCUAAAAGCUGAAGUGUUGUGAUCUUUAUUUUGUGUUUAUUUCAUUGCUCAAACUCUGUUUUUGGGGUGUUGUAAGAAGAUAUAAUAUAGAAUUUAGAUUUUAAUUACUGAUAAUGUAAAGAAAAGAAUUGGACUGUUUGGUUUUCAUUUAGUUAUUUAACAACUCUUAUUGUCCAUGAUAUAUUUUCCUAUGCAUGGGAUUUCUUUCAAAACCAUUGCUUAUUUAAUCAAAACUGAAAAACUUUUUGGACUGAGCUUUCCUGUAUUUUUGUGCCUAAAUUAAGAAUGGUUCAGUUAUGGAUAAUUUAUGUAAAUCUAGUUUUUGUAAAAUAUGUUAAUACAAAAGACUCAAUAAACAGAGCUUCUACAGCUUUUUAACAAAG